UUGUUGACCAGAACCAGAACCAGCCUGCUCUGAGUGCACCUGAGGACUAAAGACAAGGAAAGGCAGCAUGGAUGUAAGUACCUCAUCACACUCUCAGAUCUCCACACUGUUGGUGUCGUCCGUCCUGUCCACGCUCGCUCUCCCUCGGAUCUCCGUCCACGCUCCUGACCCUCCUCUCUCUCCGCCCUCCCCCUCUCCUCCUCUGGCUCAGCACUCUGACCCUCUGUGUGGCAGCUGCCCGCCUGGUUCUGCCCCACAGUCUAGCAGCCUCUGGCCCACUCUGCCCCAGUCUGGAGCUGGGUUCCCUGCGUGGCCCGGUCAGCCCGCCCAGCCAGCCCCCUGCUGGACUGGGCAGCCCAAUACACCCUGCUGGCCCGCGACGCAACCGGCUCCGGUCUCGGUUCCGGCUCCCAUUUCCCUUCCGGCCCCCACUCAAGUCGUAGCUCCGGCUCCUGCACCGGCUGCCACCUUGGUUCCGGCUCCGGUUCAGGUCCCGGCUCCAGUGAACCCCUGUCAGCCGUGCUGGCCAAACACCCAGUACCAGCCGGCCCAGCCACCAGCCCCCAUCCAAGCUCCGGUGCCGACUCCAGUCCCAGCAGCUGCACCUGCGACCAUCCGUCCAGGUGUAGCCGGUUGGCCCGCCCACCCCGGCUGGCCCUAUAACCCGGGACAGUCCGGAUGGCCUGGACAGAACCCAUCCCUCGUGCCUCAGCACUGGCUCCCGCCCACAUCUGGGCCUCUAAGCGUGCCGUACAACUUGAACCUGGCCCGAGGCGUGUACGACAAAAUGAUGAUGACCAUCUUGGGCCAUGUGAAGCCCAACGCUAGGAUGUUCACAGUGAACUUCCUGAGAGGCAACGACAUCGCCUUCCACAUCAACCCUCGCUUCAGCGAAGGCGGGAAACAGGUUCUGGUCCGCAACCACAAACUGGGCGAACGCUGGGGCGCCGAGGAGAGGGACCUAAAGGGGCCUUUCCCCUUCGCCCUCGGGAGCCCUUUUGAGGCUAACGCUGGGAAAAGAUGGAAGGGGUUGGACAGUCGCUUGUGCAGGCGAGUCCUAGAUAAGGGAGCUGCUAUACUGCAGGGAGGCUCCUGGAGGUCAGUGGGGGUCUCAUGUCGCUCAAUAACAUCAAUAACUGUUAUGUUUAACCGGCAGCGCAAAGAGGUGACUAAUCUGAUGAGCUAACUGUGUCUUUGUGGCUGUGUUUACUGACGCCAAUAACAACUAUAGACUCGCCCAGGAUGCUGUGAACUGAUCUGGCAUCAUAAUAAGGGCUGCAGAUAACAAUUAUGUUCAUUAUUGAUUAUUUUCUUUUUUAAACAGUGAGCUGUUUGGUCUAUAAAAUGUAAGAAAAUGGGAUAAAAAAUGAGAAUAAGUGUUGCCAAAGCCUAAGAUGAGAAAUAUCAA